GAGAACAAUAUGCUUGGUUCCCCAGGAUGCUUCAUCUUCAUCUUUCUCCUUUGCCAGCUCACGGGGCCAGCGGCCUCUCGAACCCGGAAGGAGCUGGUUGGUGCCCUUGGUGGGGCUGUAACUUUCCCUCUGAACCACUCGGUAAAUGAGAUUGACAGCAUUAUCUGGAUCUUCAACACAACCCCUCUUGUCACCAUACAGCCAAAUACGCCAGAUGGACAAGCCAACAUCAUAGUGACCCAAAAUCGUAAUAAGGAAAGGGUGGACUUUCUGGAAGGAAGCUACUCCAUGAUACUCAGCAAACUGAAGAAGAAAGACUCAGGUGUCUACCGUGUUGAGAUACACAGCUCAUCUCUCCAGCAUCCCUUCACCCAAGAGUAUGGGCUGCAAGUCUAUGAGUACCUAUCAAGGCCCAAAGUCACCAUGGGUCUGCAGAACAUUGAGAACGACACCUGUGUGACCAAUCUGACAUGCUCCAUGGAACAAGGAGGAGAGGAUGUGACUUACACCUGGAAGUCCCUGGGACAGGCAACCAAUGAGUCCCAUUAUGGCUCCAUCCUCCCCGUGUCCUGGAGGCUGGGGAAAAGGGACAUAACUUUCAUCUGCGAGGCCAGGAACCCCAUCAGCAGCAACUCUUCAAACCCCAUCUUUGCCCAGAAGCUCUGUGAAGGUGCCCCUAGGGACCCAACUUCGUCCAUGGUCCUGAAGCUCCUGGUGGUGCUCUUCCUUCUCAGUGCCUUUGCACUGGUGGCAAUUAUUUUGAUUAUGCGGAAAGAAAGAGGAAAAGUUUCAGAGUUCAUUGAAGAGAAGAAGAGAACAGACAAUCAACAAGAAACUCUUAACUAUAACCCCCCUUCUGGAGAGACCACAGAGUAUGACACAGUCUCUCACCUUAAUAAAACUGUUCCAGAGGAAAAUCUAGUGAAUACAUUUUAUGCCACUGUGCAAAUACCCCCAAAGAUGGAGAAACAUGACUCUCUGCCCACGUCACCAGACACACCGAAGCUGUAUACCUAUGAGAAUGUCACCUAAACAGCAUUGUACUCCCUCCUGUCUUGCCCCAGAGAAAACUGUUGAAAGAAUUUACUGAUUCGAUCAAAGAAUAAUGAAGAACACUGACUUCCUUUCAGAAUAAACUAUCCCUUAUGCUCCUUCAGAUUUAAGAGUUUCUGGUUCUACCCACUGCUGAGAAAUCUCCUCAAACCCAGAAUGUGUAACUGUCCCAUCCUGGAAAUGUGAUUGUGAAUUUAUUAGCCAACUCCAAGCAAGGGGCUUUGAAGUGUCUCUGUUGAGAUGUAAAUGCUGUGUCACACGUAUGAAUGGCCACUCCCAUCCCAGGGCUUGGAGGUCAGAAUAUACCAACGAUCUGGUUGCCAAGAGGGCAAGAACUUCAGAAAGGCAGACAUUCCCAGCAGAAGCAGGCACAGAAGCCAGAGAUGGAUUUAUUAGCCAACUCAUCGACUGUGUUCCUGGCACGGUGCUGAGCUUACAGUGAUUGCGGUCAGACACACUCUCUGCUCUCAUGAAACUGACCCCUCACGAGCUACUUCCAUGGGCAAUUGCAGCAGACCUGACCACAGAUUCCCGACACCUAGAGGAUGAGAUGUGGACUUGGGGGCAAAGUGCACAAGGACAGAGAAGACAGGUAGAAGACUGAGUUUGGCUGGAUGGAAGUGAUACUGAACAUCUCAAUUUCAAGUUCAUGUGCCCGAUGUGCAGUAAACCAAUCACUGAGACAUUGGUGCUUGGAGACGGAGAAAGGUUUAUUCAAAUUGGCCAAAAUGAGAAGGCGGGAGCAUGGAUUCUCUCAAAUCCACCUUAACAGGAGCAGAAAGCAGGGUGUUUUAUAGAGCUAAGGGGCUUCACAGGAGGAGCUUCAGAGAAACAAGAGGUCACUCCUGGCCCCUGGGCAAUCUGACUUCUGGGUGUUAAUAGCAGUUGGGAGCCCACCAUCCAGGUGAUUGCGACCUCCCUGAAGGCAUUCUCUUUCUUCUGCAAAGCAAACUUACAAAUCCUCAUGACCCCUGAGUCACCCCUCAAGUUAAAUAGGAAAACAGCAAAUUGACAAGAAUAACUUCUCUUAAAGGCAAUCAUGUUCUUAUUGAAUAUCCACGGUAAGUACCCUGCUUCAGAAACUCAGAAGUGUGCCUGACCCAAAGACAAGGGCCACUGCCCCAGCUUCAUUUACACUGUUGUGCUGCAAGUGAGAAGCCAAGGCCUGUACAGGAGCCCAUCCCAUUGGAGAAAUUGAGCCUGAAGACACAUUUCAAACCCAUUAUUGGAGACUUGGAGUCAGGGGGUGGUCACUUGCAAACCUUUAAAGCCCCUUAAUUCAUUCAACAAAUAUUUAUUGAGAACCUCUGCUAGGUCGGCCUGGCAAAUAAGACAGACAUGAACCCUGCUCCCGUAGACUUCACUUUCUUUUUAAUGAAAUGAAAAACAUGAAGAGGGAGAGGGCUGCUUUUGAUGUGUUCCUGGACACACAUCUUCAGUGGAAAUGUCGGGAAGGGAUCUGAUGUCCCAGGUCUGGAAGUGUUAAGUGUCAAAUGACAAAACUAAAACAAUUUAGUAACAAAUUUGUCCUUUAUUCAAGGAAAACAAUCCAUGAACUGGGGGAGUACAGUGCCUCACAAGCAGUGGAGCACAGUUCCUAAGGGAUUUGGGGCAAGAGUGAGUUUUGUGUGUGUGUGUGCUGAGAAAGAUUUGACCUGAGCUACCAUCUGUGCCAAUCUUCCUCGAUUUUGCAUGUGGGUUGAUGCCUCAGCAUGGCUUCCAAUGAGUGGUGUAGGUCUGUGCCCAGGAACUGAACCUGGGCCACUGAAGCAGAGCAUGCAGAACUUAACCCUUAGGCAAUGGGGCUGGCCCAAGAGCAAUUUUUAUAGAGCAUUAUGGGAGGCAAUGCAUGAUUAGCUAGGAGGUCAGGGAUUUCCCUAUAAGGCUCGUGGGUCCUUUUUUCUAGGGUGAGCAUAACCUAGCUAGGCUGAGUUGGAGGACUGGUUUUGGUGCAUGUUAGAUUUCUUUGACAGGUGAUUCCCAUAAGUGCAGGCUGACUUAAGUUUGAUUUACGACCUGGGCUGGGCCAUGGGGGUGGCCUCCAUUUUGUGGAUCCCAAUAUACGAAUUAACUUUAUCAGAGGUAAGGUGAAGAAAUGUGUGUUAAAAUUUGUGAAAGGAGAAAAUAUCUGAAAAAAACCCCUUCAAACAUAAGAUGAUCAAAGUAAGAGAUAAUAAGCCUUCAAGAAAAAAACUAAGGAGGAGGGGACCAAGAGAACAGUCUGAGGCUGAUUUGAGAGGAAAUGAAGGUUGGAAGUAGGAGGCAAUCCUGGAACUCUGAGGACCCUGGAAGGAGGGCUGUGCUGGCCUCCACGUGGAGCUCUGCAGGUGCAGAGGAGGAAAAAUAAUUUUUCCUCUACCCUUCUGCGUUCUUGGCUGAGAUUCCCCUGUAAUAAAAGAGAGAUUAACAGGAGAAAAACAAAUAGGAGAUUAAUAACAUGUAUACCUCCUGUAUACACGGGAGACCCAGGAAAACUGAGUAACUCCCCGAAAAGACCCUCGCCACCAGCUUGUAUACCACUUCUAUACCAGCUAAAGGCAAAAGAAGAGAUUGGGGGAGGACGCAGUUAUGGGAGGUCAUCAGGCAAAGCCCAGUAACUGAGGGUAUGGCUGUUAUGCAGAUUUAAGUUCAUGUCCAUUGAUAAGAAGUUUCUAGAGAUUUAGUCAUUCUUCCCCUUCUGGUACAGAGAGGGAAACACCCUUACGAAAGGAAAUUUUCCUUAUAAAUGCAAGUAUCUCUUACAAAAAUGUAACUUCUACUUGUUUUUAGAACUUCUCCUGUGUCUGCUGUUUCUUAUAAAUAAUCAGUUGAGGGGCUGGCCCCAUGGCCAUAGUUAAGUUUGUGUGC